AUGAAGACAGAUUAUAGACUGAAAUCACCUACCUGUAACAACGUAACGCUAGGUAUCAACCCAGUAUUAACCUUAGGAGGAGACCUCCUGGCUCUGCCGAGGAGUGACUGCAUAGCAGCAGAGCAGCUGUGCCUCUCGGACUCCACCUGCAAUGCCACCUACCGGGUCCUGGAGAACUGUGCCCUGGCUAAGACUCGCUUCCCUCCGCUGGAUCACGACAGCAGGGUCCGGUGCCUGAACGCAGAGCUGGACCUUGGCAACAGCUCUUUGCUGCACUGCAAGUGCCACCGGCGCAUGAAGAGGCAGGAGCACUGCUUACGCAUUUUCUGGACCGUCCACUCUAGCAUGACAGAUGGUUAUUUCAAUUUGGAGACCUCUCCCUACGAGAAUCCAGCGCAUGAAGAACAUUGGAAGACAGACUAUAAUAAACUGGCCGCUCUGUUAUCAGGCUCACAGUUAUCAGGAGGUACAACAAAUCCAUGCCUGAAAGCAACUCACAUCUGUAAUCUGAGCAAGAAAUGUGUCCGUCUGCGUACAGACUAUGCAUCUAUCUGCACCAAGGGGGCGGGAAGUGAGGACAUGUGUGACCGUCGCAAAUGCCACAGAGGAUUGAGGAAUUUCUUUGAGAAAGUCCCUGAGGAUUUCACCAAAAGGAUCCUGUUCUGUCCAUGUCAAGACGAACUUUGUGGAGAACGACGCCGGAAAACUAUUGUUCCUGAUUGUUCCUUCCAGUAUAACACCAAACCAAAUUGCCUGUGGCUUCUAGACUCCUGCUUAGAAGAUCAUAUCUGCAAAUCCCGACUGGCUGACUUCCAGCAAAACUGUCAACCUGCAGACAUGUCUCCAGAUGGUUGCUCUCAGCGCAACCACGCUGCAUGCCUUCAGGCUUACAUGGGGCUGAUUGGCACACCCAUGACACCCAACUAUGUCGGUAACUCCAGCGUGGAGGUCUCCGUGUGGUGCACGUGUGAGAGCAGCGGCAACCAGAAGGAGAAAUGUGACCAGAUACUUGCCAUGUUUGAGAGCAACAAAUGCCUUGAAAAUGCCAUUUGGUCUCAAAUGCAUCUGAAGCAGACAGCUGUAGAAAGACAGGAAGACUUAUUUUAUUCAUCUUCCUUAAGCUUUCAAGGAGACAGUGCCAGCACAUCUCUUGCUUCAGAAAUGUCCCAGAUGGCUGACGGGAAGAUACCGCGAGACAUCUCUGAACACAGCAGCAUGCCUGUGGCCUCCUCUGUAUAUUCUGGAGCUGCUAUUUCUUGGCCAUCUCUGGCUCUAUUCCUGCCCCUUUUGCUGAGCCCACGUUAACUUGGUGUAAAUGGCAUCUUUCCUUCCCAUUAAUCUGAAUCCAUAUCCAGGCACCUCCCAUUACUGAUU